AGCAUUAGUGAGCAACACGCUAGUAUUAUGGAGAUCCAAACAUCAUUACUAUUACUACUAUGCAUCCCACUCUUGCUCUUCACUCUCUUAUUCAAAAAAUCCAAAACCCAAAACUCAAAAACUAGAAAUAUCCACAUCCCACCCGGCCCAUGGAAGCUCCCCUUCAUCGGAAACAUCCACAACCUCCUCGGCGCCGUCCCUCACCGCUCCCUCCACAUCCUCGCCCGCAAAUUCGGCCCAACGAUGCACCUCAAACUCGGCCAACUCUCCGUCGUCGUGGUCUCCUCCGCCGACGCCGCAAAGCAGAUCACCAAAACCCACGACCUCAACUUCUCCUCCCGCCCCUCCACCAUCGUCACCGAGAUCAUCACCUACAACUGCACCAGCAUCACCUCCGCCCCCUACGGCGACUACUGGCGCCAGCUCCGCAAAAUCUGCACGCUCGAGCUCCUCAGCGCCAAGCGCGUGCACUCUUUCCGGUCGCUCAGAGAGAGAGUUUUCCUCGACCUCGCUCUCAGGAUCGCAUCGAAAGAAGGAUCGCUGAUCAAUCUGACGGCGGAGCUAAACGCGUCGACGUACGCUCUUAUUUCGAGAGCGACGCUUGGGGAGCGAACGAAGGAGCAUGAGGCUCUGAUGCCGAUUCUUGAGGAGGUGAUGGAGUGUGCUGCUGGAUUUGAUGUUGCUGAGUUUUUUCCUUCGGUUAAGUUUCUUCAGGGGGUGAGUGGGUUUAGGAGGAGAGUUGGGGGUUUGCAUAGAGAGAUUGAUGGCAUACUUGAAGAUGUGAUCCGUCAGCACAGAGAUGUGAAGGCGGACGAGCGAGGAGAGCACGAAGAUUUUCUCGAUGUUCUUCUCCGGGUUCAGGAAGAUGGACUCGAGCUUCCUCUUACGACUGAAAACAUCAAGUCCGUGCUCGUGGAUAUGUUGGGAGCUGGAGGGGAGACAUCAGCCACAACAAUGGAUUGGGCAAUGUCUGAAAUGCUCAAAAACCCGAGAGUCCUUCAAAAGGCGCAAGAAGAGGUGAGGAAGGCUUUCGACGUAGAUGGAUACGUAGACGAAUCUCGCAUUCCUCAACUCAAGUAUCUCAAGUCAGUAGUGAAGGAGGCUCUAAGGAUCCAUCCGCCACUGCCUUUACUACUUCCACGAAAAUGCGGCCAAGCAUGUGAGAUCGAUGGAUAUGAGAUUCCAGCAGACACCAAAAUCAUCAUCAACGCGUGGGCUGUCAACAGAGACCCCAAAUAUUGGAAAAAUGCAGAGUGUUUCGAGCCGGAGAGAUUCAUGGAUAGUUUGGUGGAUUACAAGGGAAACAAGUUCGAAUAUAUUCCGUUUGGCGCGGGAAGGAGAAUGUGCCCUGGCAUGACGUUCGGGCUCGCCAACGUUGAGCUCCCACUUGCAAUGCUACUGUAUCAUUUCGACUGGAAAUUAGGUGGUGGGAUGAAGCCUCAAGAAAUGGACAUGGCUGAUGGGGUCGGCGUGACGUCUAGAAGGAUCAAAGAUCUCUGCGUCGUUCCUUCUAUCAGAAGACCUUUGCCUUCCAAAUAAUCAACAAAGCUCGCGAAUAAAAAUUCAGUGGUCCAGACAUAUUGUCACAUAGUGUGUCCAACACAUCAGGCAGUAUCAAUAAGCUCACUUGAUCUAUCAUAAAUAAUGAAUAAAUGAUCAAAGUUCCUUCCGUUGAUCAUAUUUUUCCA